UUACGAAAUAUCGACCAGAUCAUAAUUUAAAAAAUUCUUAAAAAAAUGGAUAAUAGGAAUUUGACACAGGAAGAAAUAGAUAUACUUCAAUCAUUUGAGUCAAUAACACAAAUUAAUAAUUUAGAAAUAUCUUUGGAAAUCCUUGAAAAUUAUGAAUGGAAUUUAGAAAAAGCUAUAUCAUCAAUUUAUGAGGGAAAUUUACAACAAGUUUCAACAUCUGAAAGUCCUAUGAAUGAUUCAACAGAUAUAAAUUAUAAUAAUGAUUUAUCUCAACGAUCACCGGAAAUCUUAAAUACAAAUCCUAUAACUUCAUCAAUUUUCACAUUAAUUGUUAUCCCGCUUUCUAUAUUAUGUAAAGCAGUAUCAAAGACAAUAUGUUUUUUUACAAGAAUGUUUCCUUUUUUAUCUAAAUUUAUGGGAUUAAGUCCUCCAAAUUUAGUCGCUGGACAAUUUCAAAAAUUUAAUUCAAAAAACACAUCUGAAAAAUUUAUUCGAAAAUUUGAACAGGAACAUGGGGUUGAUCAUGUUCCGUUUUUUGAAGGUGGAUAUGUAGAAGCAUUGGAAGUUGCAAAAAAAGAUUUAAUGUUUUUUAUGGUAAUUUUACAAAGCGAUUUACAUGAUGAUACCUAUUCUUUUAAUCGAAUUACUCUUACAAACGAAAACUUGAUCGAAUUCAUUAAAAAUAACAAUAUAUUAGUAUGGGCAGGAAGUGUUCAUGAACCAGAGGCAUUUCAAAUAUCAAAUAACCUUAAUUGUACUCGCUUUCCAUUCAUUGCAAUAGGUAUUUCACACUUACAUUCUUCAAAUACAUCAAGUGCAUCAUCAUUAGCUCGCAUAGAAGGAUUUAUAUUGCCAAACGAUAUGAUUGCAACUCUAGAAACAUACGUUGUACAACAUUUGUCAACAAUUCGAAGAUUACAAUCUACGAGAGAAGAACAACUUAUUGCAAGACAAAUACGUAUUCAACAAGACAAUGCUUAUGAAGCAUCUUUAGCAAUUGAUAGAGAAAGAAUGUUACAACGUAAAGAAGAAGAAAAGCAUAGGAUGGAAAUAGAGAAAAAAAGGCAAAAGGAACUAAAUGAUGCUAGAAUUCUUGAAGCAAAUAAAUCUCAAUGGAGAAUAUGGAGAGCAUCUAAACUAUUUCCAGAACCAACUUCGGAUUCUUCUCAGAUUGCAAAAGUUAGCUUAAGAUUACAAAACGGAGAACGCAUUGUCAGAAAAUUUGAUGCAAACGUACCUAUUGAAGAAAUUUACGCAUUUAUUGAAUGUUACGAUAUAAACAUAAAAGAGAUACAUGAGCCAAUAGAAAAACCAUUGAAUUAUGUUCAUAAAUUUAAUUUCCAAUUAGUAUCACCUAUGCCUAGGAAAAUUAUUAGAUAUGAUACUAAACAAAAAAUAUUAGAAGAAAAAAACUUAUAUCCUAGUGGAAAUAUCAUAGUCGAAAAUCUUGAUGAAGACAAAAAUGAUUAAUCAGACGACGGCC